AUGGCUACCCCUACACAACCGAAAACACAACCCCAACGACCGCAAAUACAACCUUGUCGGUACAAGACUGGGAAAACUCUAGGAGCUGGCUCCUACUCCGUCGUCAAAGAAUGCGUCCAUAUCGAUACCGGGCGGUACUUCGCCGCAAAGGUCAUCAACAAGCGAUUGAUGGCUGGUAGGGAGCAUAUGGUCCGAAACGAGAUCGCAGUACUCAAGCGAGUUUCGAUGGGCCAUCAGAAUAUCUUAACUCUCGUCGAUUAUUUCGAGACCAUGAACAAUUUAUACCUUGUUGUCGAACUGGCCUUGGGAGGAGAACUAUUUGAUCGGAUAUGUCGCAAAGGAAGCUACUUUGAAGCUGAUGCGGCGGAUCUUGUCCGAGCUAUAUUAUCAGCUGUUGCAUACCUACACGACCAUGGCAUUGUCCACCGAGAUCUUAAACCGGAAAAUCUACUAUUUAGGACCCCAGAAGACAACGCCGAUCUUUUGAUUGCAGAUUUUGGCUUGUCCAGAAUUAUGGAUGAAGAACAAUUUCACGUUCUUACAACAACGUGCGGAACACCUGGAUAUAUGGCACCGGAAAUAUUCAAGAAGACUGGACAUGGGAAGCCGGUGGACAUUUGGGCCAUUGGCGUCAUCACUUAUUUCUUACUUUGUGGCUAUACCCCCUUUGACCGUGACUCUAAUCUAGAGGAGAUGCAGGCCAUUCUCGUCGCGGACUACGCCUUUGUACCUAUUGAGCAUUGGCGAGGCAUUUCUCAAAAUGCCCGUCAAUUUAUCAACCGAUGCUUGACCAUUGAUCCCAAGGCACGAAUCACGGCUCAUGAAGCUCUUCAGCAUCCAUGGAUCACCAAUGACCUAUCAUCGAAACAGGGUGAAGAUCUUUUGCCCACUGUUAAGAAGAACUUUAAUGCCCGACGGACGUUACACAAAGCUAUCGACACCGUCCGCGCCAUUAACAAGCUUCGUGAAGGCGGUGGCUUGAUGAUGGACGGUGCGGCCAGCAUUGAACCUCGUCCUGAGCGUGUAGUUGGAAAUGACGUCCAUGACGAAGAUCAUCAACAUCAUUUUCAGCAGCGACAUGACGAUGACCAAAUGAAGAUCGAUAGUCGUAGCAACGCUAGAGGUCAGACAGAGGAGCAAAUUCGUGAGCAAGAGCGCAAAGUGAAGGAGGUUGUAACUGGUCUAUGGAAAUCGGCGGCGAAUCGCCAGUGA